AUGUUCGAGGUUCAACAUAACCACCACGGACAAGAGUUCAAGCGCUUCUUUCACCAUGGCCGAAGCUCAAUGUCUGCCAUUGAGGACAAGAGGGCAGAAGAGUUUAGGAGACAUGUCUGGGCGGUUACCAUGAUUGAUGAGGAUCCAUUGGCAGGGAGUGGGGAGAAGAAGAACAAGAACAAGAAGAACCGCCAAUCGAUUGACCUUGUCCGUCCUGGUUCAAACAAACUGAGAUCCAAGAGAGCUUCCGCAUAUGCUGGAUCACCGCCAGUAACAAAGCCUAAUGACAAGCAGCACAAGAACCAGCUCAAGCUUGACACUACCGCAACGAUGAAGGACCCUACAAUUACUGUCCGGCCGGCUCACCCGCCGUCUUUUGGCUCACCGAAGGACCUGUCUUCAGUUCAAGAGAACGCUAUUAACGCUUUCCUUGCAAACACUGAGUCUCCAAAGAGCACACAAGACAACUUUGCUCCAACAGCGUAUCCUCGACCAACAUAUGCUGUUCUCGAAACGCCUCUGGCAGAUCCUACAAAUGCGAGGCCAAAUGCCGCCCUCAACCGUCCUCGGAAACUGUCCAACAACUCAGUUACGACUGUAUCGUCCUUUCAAUCUCGAGAAAGCAUGGUCUCAGCAAGACGGACCCCUUCUUGGGGGAGUAGAACGAGUAUGGAAGCGAACGAAUCGACGUCUCAGUGGCGACCUGAGUAUAUGUAUCAGCGGCCAAUGCCUAUCAAGAAGUUGUCUUCUUCCCGGGCUCCCCUCCAACCGAAUGAGCUCUUUGCCAAGUUACCUUCAGAGAUCCUCUCAAACAUACUCGAGCAGUUAAGAGAUAUUCACUUGGAGGAUAAGAGCGGGAGCUGUGCAACUUGCUGGAUGCGAGAUGCUUGUAACAUCGCCGUGGCUUGCCGCAAGUGGUACAGGCCCGCCCAAAUAGCACUAUACGAACAUAUCCAACUCGUGGGCCCAGACUCAGCAACUCUCAAAAAGAAGUUCAAAAUGGCACAGGGCAUUCGUGUCCUAAUGCUCCGGCGCAUACUCCGCUCUAAUCCUCACAUCGCCGAAAUCGUCCGCACACUUAAAGUUCCAGCCCCUGAAAUUGUCGCCAAAGGCUCCGGAACUGCCGAGUAUGAGGAUAUUAUUGCGACGCUCGUCAUGGCAUGUCCUAAUCUCGAGAGUCUCAGUGGCUUGUCGGUUCCGUACGACCACUCUUUCAAGAAGAUCUUCCAUGCGUUAUCAACAAGACGCAUGUUAAGAGAAAUGAACUGGCUUGUACAAGCUUCGCCCCAUCAGAGACAACAGAGAAUCCAAUCGAGUACUCAGCAGCUUGGUUUGGUAAUGCCUGGAGAACUCAAGCCUUCCCAGGAAGCUGCCUUUUUGACAUGUCAUGAUAAUUGGUCUCGCCUAGAAACUUUUACUGUGCAUUGUCUCCCAGGAGCUACCGUCACGCCCGAGAACCUUCUCACAUCAACACUCAAGCGUCUUCCGAACCUCAAACAUCUUCAUGUCUGUAACCUACCGCCCAAUAGCUUCGACGACUCAACUCUCCUCGCCCUGCCGCCUCUACACUCCUUGACGUUGUCUCACAUCAGCGGUAUAACCUCGAGUGGGCUAUCAUCAUUCGCAACGCAGUCCUCCAGCCUUCCUCUGCGUAAGCUUACACUUCGACACACACCUCUCACGUCGCUCGCUGCUCUAGCGCGCAUCUUGUCUAAUUUGAGAAACUUGGUCAACUUUUCUCUAGUCCAGACUUUCCCACCCGUCAUGCCGGAGAAUGACAGCUUCGCACUAUGGAUGAUGCCAUACCUUGCAAACAACACUGUGCAGAGUCUCCACUGGGAUAUCACCAGCCAUGCUACCUGUGUCAAUGCAGCAGAUGAUAUUCUCGCUCGCAGUAUCUCUGCAGGAGGAUUUCCAGCUUUGAAGACACUCCGAGCACUCAACGACCCGGACGGCAUCUUUCAGGAUCUGUGCUACCCCGUCGAGAGAAUUGAUCUUCCUUCUGAUCGUUUCCGAACCUCUGAGCAGCCAGAGAGCUCAUCACCUUUUGCAUUCCCUCCGAGCUCGGCAAGCCCUAUGUCUCCCACACGCCUGUUCAAAUCCAACAACUCACCUCUCGCUUCUCCACGGACCCCGAUUUCUCCAUUUGGCGACACACGCCGCCCUUACACAAGCCUUCAUACCGCACGGCUUGCCGCCCAAACCCGUCUUGAAGCAGCACGUUCCCGGCCAAAAUUCAUCGUCAACGUAGUAGAUGAGGACGGGACCAUCAAUGAGACUUUCUCCAUGGCUGGAUUUAUUGGUACGGCCGGAAGCCCUAUCAAGUACCACCUUCUUCCUGACAGGGGCACUACAGACGACAAAGGCGGUCUUAUUGAUGUGAGAGAUUUAGAUAGCGAUGCUGGUGAGAGUCUCAUCGGUGAAAAGGAAGGAUGCACUGGACGCUGGAAUAUGCGUGAUGGCAUCGUAGCAGAUAAGAAGGAAAAAGGAAGAUGGUGGCAUACAGAGAGAGGUCGGUGGACCAAAGUCACUCUCUGA